AUGGCUAUCACUGCUAAAGAUGAUCUCGACCACUAUCUCGACCUGCCUCUAGUCGAAGAUCACGCAUCUCCUGAGGCUAUUGCCUCCUUUAACGCGGUUCAGCGCGAUCCUGACUCCUGGUCGGGAUCGCUGCCUGCUAGCCAAGGCCUCUACCGCAACGACUUUGAGAAGGAUUCUUGCGGUGUUGGCUUUAUCUGCCAUAUCAAGGGCGAGGAUUCGCACAAGAUCGUCAGCGAUGCUCGGCAACUUCUCUGUGCCAUGACCCAUCGCGGUGCUACUGGCGCUGAUAGCCGCGACGGUGACGGCGCAGGCGUCAUGACAGGCAUCCCGCAUCAAUUCUUCAAACGGGAGGCAGAGCGCGAUAUCGGCAGCGCCCUUCCCGAGCCGGGCGAGUACGCCGUCGGAAAUGUCUUUUUCAAGCCCAACGACGCCGUUCAACUCCAAAAGCAGCAAUCCGUCUUCUCUCGUCUUGCCAGCGACCUCGGUCUGCGUGUGCUUGGCUGGCGCGAGGUGCCAACCGACGGUUCUAUCUUGGGUCCUGCUGCGAGCAGCAAGGAACCUGUCAUCCUCCAGCCAUUCGUCGUCUUACGCUCUCAUUACGGCGACGGAGUCCAGAGCUCCAACGGACCAUUCGACCCGAAGCACUUUGAGCGGCAGCUCUACGUACUUCGCAAACACGCGACACACACCAUCACACUCGCCAAGGGCUUCUACAUCUGCUCGCUCUCCUCGCGCAACAUUGUCUACAAAGGCCAGCUUACGCCUCCUCAAGUCUACAACUACUAUCAUGACCUCAACCACGUUCUUUACCGCUCGCACUUCACACUCGUGCACUCGCGCUUCUCGACCAACACUUUCCCCUCGUGGGACCGCGCACAGCCGAUGCGCUGGGCUGCUCACAACGGCGAGAUCAACACCGUCCGUGGGAACAAGAAUUGGAUGCGCGCUCGCGAGGGCAUCCUGAGCUCCACCCUCUUCGGCGACGAACUUGACUUGCUGUUCCCCAUCAUCGAGGCCGGCGGGUCCGACUCGGCUGCCUUUGACAACGUUCUCGAGCUCCUAGUCGUCAAUGGUGUCCUUACCCUACCGGAGGCUGUCAUGAUGCUCAUUCCUGAGGCAUGGCAGAGUAACGAGAAUAUGGAGCCGGAAAAGCGCGCCUUCUACAACUGGGCCGCCUGUCUUCAGGAGCCGUGGGAUGGUCCGGCGCUCUUCGCGUUCUCCGAUGGUCGCUACUGCGGCGCCAACCUCGACCGCAACGGCCUUCGCCCGUGUCGCUUCGUUGUGACGAAUGAGGACAUCAUGGUCUGCGCAUCCGAGGUCGGCGCCGUCUUCAUCCCGCCGGAGAAGGUCGUUUCGAAAGGCCGCCUCAAGCCCGGUCGCAUGUUGCUCGUCGAUACCCUCGAGGGCCGCAUCGUCGACGACAAGGAGUUAAAGUUCAACACUGCGCGCAAGCAGAACUUCGCAUCGUGGCUAGAGAGCAACCUUCUCACGGUACCUAACAUUGUGAAGCGCGUGCAGCGCAUGCAAUCGGUCGACGCAACGAUUGAUUCUUCGGCUUUGAGCACCGACCCGCGACUUCUGUCUUUCGGCUUCACGGUCGAGCAACUCAACCUCCUGAUGUUGCCCAUGGUCACCGACGGUAAGGAGCCCUUGGGCUCUAUGGGUAACGAUGCCCCACUCGCUGCGAUGGCCACGCAGCCCCGCAUUAUUUACGAUUACUUCCGUCAGCUCUUCGCACAGGUCACGAACCCCCCUAUUGACCCUAUUCGUGAGAGUAUCGUCAUGUCCCUCGAGGCCUACGUCGGACCGGAGGGCAACCUACUCGAGAUGAAGCCCGAGCAAUGCCACCGCAUCAAGCUGUCGUCGCCAGUUCUCUCGAUUGAGGAGAUGAACGCCAUGAAGAGUCUCAAGUUCGCGUACGCCACCUGGCCCUCGUGCACCAUUGAUAUCACUUUCGCCAAGGCUGACGGCCUCCCUGGCUACAAAGCUGCACUAGACCGCGUCUGCGAGGAAGCGACGCGUGCUAUCGAUGAGGGCUUCAAAGUCGUUGUGCUCUCAGACCGCGCCACUUCGGCCGACCGCAUUGCGCUCUCUGGUCUCAUUGCUUGCGGUGGCGUUCACCAGCAUCUGGUCAUGCAGAAGAAGCGCGCCAAGAUCGCACUGCUCAUUGAGACCGCCGAAGCUCGCGAGGUUCACCACAUUUGCGUGCUCCUCGGUUACGGCGCGGACGCCGUCUGCCCGUGGCUCAUGCUUGAGGCCAUCCACAAAGUCUACCGCGAGGGCCUCGUCAAGAACGACGCGCCGCUCAAGACCCUCAUCGACAACUACACGCACUCGAUCGACAACGGCAUUCUCAAGGUCAUGUCGAAGAUGGGUAUCUCCACGCUCCAGUCAUACAAGGCUGCGCAGAUCUUCGAAGCGCUUGGUCUGCACCACGAGGUUAUCGAGCGUUGCUUCACCGGUACUGCGAGUCGCGUCGAGGGCGCGACUUUCGACCUACUCGCGAUGGAUGCGUUCGAGCUUCACGAGCGUGGCUGGCCUUCGCGCGACACCAUCGUUCCUCCCGGUAUGCCGGAGUCCGGCGAAUACCAUUGGCGCGACGGUGGCGAGCCGCAUAUCAACGACCCGACGGGCAUUGCGAACCUCCAGGAUGCUGUGCAGGAGAAAAACCGUAAGGCUUUCGAGACGUACUCCAACAACGCCAACAACCAGGCGAAGGGAGUUCAUCUUCGCGGCAUGCUUGAGUUCAAGUUUGAGAAUGCGACGCCGAUUCCGGUUGACCAGGUUGAGCCAUGGAAUGAGAUUGUUCGCCGCUUCGUCACGGGUGCUAUGUCCUACGGUUCCAUCUCUAUGGAAGCUCACUCCACGCUCGCCAUUGCGAUGAACCGCCUGGGGGGCAAGUCGAAUACCGGAGAGGGUGGCGAGGACGCCGAGCGUAGCCAAGUCUUCCCCAACGGCGACACCAUGCGCUCCGCUAUCAAGCAGAUUGCUUCGGGUCGUUUCGGCGUGACCUCCAACUACCUUGCAGACGCGGACGAGCUUCAAAUUAAGAUGGCGCAGGGCGCAAAGCCUGGCGAGGGCGGUGAGCUUCCCGGCCAUAAGGUCUCGGCGUCUAUCGCGCGUACGCGCCACUCAACCGCAGGCGUCGGCCUUAUCUCCCCUCCGCCGCACCACGACAUCUAUUCGAUCGAGGACCUGAAACAGCUCAUCUACGACCUUAAGUGCGCGAAUCCGCGCUCUCGCGUCUCCGUCAAGUUGGUGUCCGAGGUUGGCGUCGGCAUCGUCGCCAGCGGUGUCGCCAAGGCCAAGGCGGAUCACAUCUUGAUCUCUGGUCACGAUGGUGGCACCGGCGCUUCGCGCUGGACCGGUAUCAAGAACGCUGGCCUGCCAUGGGAGCUUGGUCUCGCCGAGACGCACCAAACGCUCGUGCUCAACGACCUUCGCGGCCGCGUCACUGUUCAAACUGACGGUCAAAUUCGUACGGGCCGCGACAUUGCUAUCGCCUGUCUACUCGGUGCGGAGGAGUGGGGCUUUGCAACCGCCCCGCUCAUCGCCAUGGGCUGCAUCAUGAUGCGCAAGUGUCAUUUGAAUACGUGCCCGGUCGGUAUCGCUACGCAGGACCCUCAAUUGCGCGCCAAGUUCGCCGGCCAGCCCGAGCACGUCAUCAACUUCUUCUACUAUCUUGCAGAGGAGUUGCGCACGAUUAUGGCCAAGCUCGGCUUCCGUACAAUCAAUGAGAUGGUUGGCCGCGCCGACAUGCUCAAGGUUGAUGAGUCCGUCCGCCAGAUCAAGACGGCGAACCUCGACCUCUCGGCCAUCCUCCGCCCCGCAUGGCAAAUGCGCCCCGGCGCCGCGACCCAUCGCGUUCGCUCGCAGGACCACAAGCUCUACAUUCGCCUCGACAACAAGUUCAUCGAUGAGUCUGAGCCUGCGCUUACCAAGGGUCUUCCCGUGCACAUUGAGUGCGACGUCACGAACACGGACCGCGCGCUCGGCACGACUCUUUCGUACCGCGUCUCCAAGCUCUACGGCGAGGAAGGACUUCCCAAGGACACCAUCCAUAUUCGUAUGCAGGGCUCUGCGGGUCAGUCAUGCGGCGCCUUCCUUGCGCCCGGUAUCACCAUCGAGCUUGAGGGUGACGCCAACGACUACGUCGGGAAGGGUCUCUCUGGCGGUCGCCUGAUCGUCUACCCGCCCAAGCAGUCAACCUUCAAGGCGGAAGAGAACGUCAUCAUCGGCAACGUUUGCCUGUACGGCGCGACGUCAGGCGAAGCUUUCGUCCGCGGUAUCGCCGCCGAGCGCUUCGCUGUGCGUAACUCUGGCGCGAACGCCGUCGUGGAGGGUACGGGCGAUCACGGUUGCGAGUACAUGACCGGUGGCCGUGUUGUCGUACUUGGUACGACUGGUCGCAAUUUCGCCGCCGGUAUGUCUGGUGGUAUCGCCUACGUGCUCGACACUGCGCACACGUUCGCCUCCAAGGUCAACAUGGAGAUGGUCGAACUUUCGAAGGUCACCGAGCCCCGCGAGAUAGCCGAGUUGCGCUCUCUCAUCGAGGACCACCGUCACUUCACUGGCUCCGAGGUCGCGGACCGCGUCCUGCGUGACUUCCAUCACCUCCUGCCGCUCUUUGUGCGCGUCAUGCCGUUUGACUACAAGCGCGUGCUCGAGGAGCAGGCCGCCAAGGCUAAGGAGGAGAAGGCACGCCAGAGCGUUAUCGAUCUCGUCCCCUCGCGUACUGCCAGCCAGGUCGACCUCGCGUCUGGUGAGAUCGAAGAGAUCCUCCAAUCGAAGGAGCACCUCCACCCGCACCCGCACAAGAAGUCGGAGCCUGCCGUCGGGGAUCUCGAAGACUCGCUCGUGGACGAGUCCGCGACCAAGCAGCGUCUUAACAAGCUCGACAAGACCCGCGGGUUCAUGAAGUACAAGCGUCUCAAUGAGGCUUACCGUCCUCCGCGCAAGCGCACCAAAGAUUGGAAGGAGAUCUCUACGCGUCUGACUGAAAGCGAGCUCAAGUACCAAACUGCGCGCUGCAUGGACUGUGGUGUUCCCUUCUGCCAAAGCGACUCAGGCUGCCCUAUUUCCAAUGUCAUUCCUAAGUGGAACGACUUAGUCUUCAAGAACCAGUGGCAGGACGCGCUCAAUAGGCUUCUGCUCACGAACAACUUCCCGGAGUUCACCGGUCGCGUCUGUCCAGCGCCGUGCGAGGGCGCGUGCGUACUCGGGAUCAACGAGGCGCCCGUCGGUAUCAAGAGCAUCGAAUGCGCGAUCAUUGACAAGGGCUUCGAGAUGGGCUGGAUGGCGCCCCGCAUCCCACAUUUCAGCACGGGCAAGUCUAUCGCUAUUAUUGGCUCUGGUCCCGCCGGCCUCGCGGCUGCAGACCAGCUCAACAAGGCCGGUCACAAGGUCACCGUGUACGACCGCAACGAUCGCAUGGGUGGCCUGCUCAUGUACGGGAUCCCGAACAUGAAGCUUGACAAGCAGGUCGUACAACGCCGCAUCGAUCUCAUGGCCGCCGAGGGUGUCACAUUCGUGCCGAAUACCCACGUUGGCGUAGACUGCGACGUCGAGGAGCUUCGCUCUGAGAACGACGCCGUCAUCCUUGCUACUGGCGCAACGUGGCCACGCGAUCUCAAGAUCCCCGGCCGUGAGGCCGACGGCAUCCACUUCGCCAUGGAGUACCUGCAGCUUAACACGCAAUCACUCCUCAACUCGCAGCUUCAGGACAGCACGUACAUCAAUGCGAAGGGCAAGGACGUUAUUGUCAUUGGUGGCGGCGAUACCGGUAACGACUGUAUUGGCACUGCGAUGCGUCAUGGCGCCAAGUCGGUCACCAACUUCGAGCUGCUCCCCAAGCCACCGACAUCGCGCGCUCGUGACAACCCUUGGCCGCAAUGGCCGCGCAUCUUCCGCACGGACUACGGCCACACCGAGGUUGCCGCCCACUUCGGGAACGACCCACGCGAGUACUGUAUCUCAACGAAGGAGUUCGUCCUUGACGCCGAGGGCAAGCUUCAGGGCCUCAACACAGUUCGCGUUGAGUGGACGAAGGACAGCGGCGGUCGCUGGAAGAUGGAGGAGGUUCCUGGAUCGGAGAAGUUCUUCCCCGCACAGCUCGUCUUCCUCGCUCUGGGCUUCCUCGGACCUCAGCCUGAGGCUAUCAAUGCCCUCGGUGUCAAGCAGGAUGCGCGCUCGAACAUCCAGACCGCUCCUAAGAAGUACAGCACCUCGGUCGAGGGCGUCUUUGCCGCGGGAGAUUGCCGUCGUGGGCAGUCGCUGAUCGUCUGGGGUAUUAACGAGGGCCGCGGCGCCGCUGCUGAGGUUGACACUUGGCUUGUGGGCAACACGCGUCUUCCCAAGGCGGGAGGCAUUCAGCCCAGACAUUACGUCCAGCCCCCGCCCACAGGUAAGACUGUGGCGGUACGCGCGUAA